UAUUCUUCUUCCCCAUUGGUCGAUUUUUUUAAAAUAUUUUUUAGCUUUUCACAGCACUAAACACAACAAAAAACACCAACUCAACCCCUUUCCCUUUCUCUUUCUCUUUCUUUCUCUCUCCUCCAUUGCCAAUCCACUUCGCUCCAACCUCCAUUAAAGUGUCUGGCUUGUACUUUGCAGCCAUUUUGGAGAAAAGAAGUUCCUUAAUGGGUGAUGGACCUAGAACUAUAGAGAUCAUACCAAAUUAUUUUGAGACCUCAGCUUCCGCAGAUUCUCCCCUACCCAGAAGUUCAGAUACUUCAAUAUCUGGUGAAGAUUCUCCUCAUACAUCAACAUCUGGCACACCAUCUCAUCUAGAAAGAAAUUCGUUCUCUUCAAAUACAAGUACCAACAGUGCCAUCAGCAUUGUUCAGAAUCGUUCAUUGUCUAAGAAUAAGUUCCGAACUGCUUCAUUCAUGUUGAGGUUAUUUAGUUUGAAGGGGCUACGGAAUAUCACUGGUCUUAAUGGUGAUGAAAAGGUUGAGUUGAGUGCUGUAGAAUUAGAAUCCCUUCGAUCAGAACUUGCUGAUGUAGAAGAAAGAGAGGCCCAUUUUAAAGCACAGUUGGAACAUCUUGAUGAAAUUUUGCGGUGGUCUCGAUUAUCAGGAUACUUGAAUAUGAGAACACGAUGGUCAGCACUACCAGGUGAACUACCUCCUAUUGAUGAUUGUGAUGUUGAUGACUGGGUCCCACGCUUUACAGUCCUGCAAGGAUCAUGUAUCUUCUUCUACCUGUCUUCUACAGAUUUAAGUCCUCAGGAUUCAGCUCUUCUUUCCGAUAUUGUUGAAAUAGGCUCAUUGCCAAGUAUAGUUCGAGAAGGUGAAGAAAUUUGGCACUGCUUUUACAUUGUUACCCGUCAUGGACUUAGAAUUGAGUGUGCCAGUGGCUCCGAAAUACAGGUUGAUUCAUGGUUAAGAGCGUUACGGACAGAAUGCAAGCUCAGACCUGAUAAAAGAUCUGCUACUAAGGCUGCUCGCUCUUUUCUCUCCUCUUCCAAGAACGCCUCCUCCCGCUUCCUCCCUGAAGGAAGAACGGUAGCUGCUACUGCAGCAGUUUCCUUGAGAGGGAAGGCACCUUACUUGGCUUCUUUUGGAGGAGCCAAUGCGUCAGGAACAUGGUUGUCCACUGCUUUGGCCAUCCCUGCUGCAGCUUACCUGCUUCAGGACCAGGAGGCUUGUGCUGCAGAGUUUGAGCGGACUUUCAUUGCUAUAAAACCGGAUGGAGUUCAAAGAGGGCUGAUCUCAGAAAUCGUAGCACGUUUCGAGCGAAAGGGUUUCAAGCUCGUGGCAAUCAAAGUAGUGAUCCCAUCAAAGGAUUUUGCCCAGAAGCAUUAUCAUGAUCUAUCAGAGAGGCCUUUCUUCAACGGCCUCUGUGAUUUCCUGAGCUCUGGUCCAGUUGUUGCUAUGGUUUGGGAAGGUGAAGGAGUGAUCAAGUACGGCAGGAAACUCAUUGGAGCCACAGAUCCACAGAAAUCAGAACCAGGAACCAUCAGAGGUGAUCUUGCAGUUGUUGUUGGAAGAAAUAUUAUCCAUGGAAGUGAUGGACCAGAGACUGCUAAGGAUGAAAUCAAACUUUGGUUCAAGCCAGAGGAAUUGGUCAAUUACACACACAAUGCUGAGAAAUGGAUCUAUGGAGACAAUUGAAGAACUCGUAGGGGUCAUUGAUACUUCAAUUUAACCCUUUUCCCCUUGUUAUAGCUUUACUUAGGUCCCAUACAAUUGGGAAAAGAAACAUAGUUUUACAACAAUAAUUUAAAACACAUUCUAGGUCCAUGAAUUCAUCACAUUAUUUGCUCAUGGGAUUAGAUUUCUGCAAUAAUGUAGUUCGGCUCAUCAUUUUUGUUCAAUAAACUACGAAUUUUAGAUUGAAA